AUGACUUUUCAUUUUGAAGUUCUUAAAAUUCUCUAUCUCAGCCAAAUUACUAUUGGGAUUCUAGGGAACUCUUUCCUCAUAUUCCUAUUCAGUUUUAAGGUCAGCACAGGUCAAAAGACAAAACCUAUAAUCCUGAUGCUCAUCCAUUUACUCUUGAUCAAUAUAAUGUUCCUUCUUUUCAGGGGAAUCCCCAAAAUAAUUGAAGUUUGGAAGUUAAAAUAUUUUGUGGAUUAUACUGCUAGUAAAAUCCUAUCUUACCUGCAAAGAGCAAGCCGAGGCCUCUCCCUCUGCAGCACCUGCCUCCUGAGUGUCUUCCAGGCCAUCACCAUCAGUCCCAGCAGUCCCAUGUGGGCGGAGCUCAAAGCAAGAGUUCCAAAGUAUGUCUUGCCCUGCUGUCUACUCUGCUGGAUUUGCAAUCUUCUGAUGGAUAUAGUAGUACCUCUGUAUGGUACUAGUUCAAGCAAUACAACACACAGUAAUGGGAGAUGGCAAAUUGGCUUUAGUGCUUUAGACCUCUAUGCCAUCAGGACUGUAAUAUUCCUCAUCUGGAAGUUUAUUUAUGAUAGUGCGUUUGUGUGUCUUACUGCCAUUACCAGUAGUUAUAUGGCAUUUGUCCUCUACAGGCACCACCAGCGAAUGCAAAACAUUCAAGUCACCAAUCCGUCCCACAGAAGCUCCCCAGAAGCCCGAGUCACAAAAAAGAUCCUGCUCCUAGCCAGCUCCUUUGUAAUCUUUAACUUAACGAGUUCCAUGUUUAUGAUUGAUAUGACUCUGACUAAAGUAGCCAGUCCCGUGGUACUUAACAUUUCUGCUUUUCUUUCUUUGUGCUUCCCAACAGUUUGCCCCUUUAUUUUCCUCAACAGUAACACCUGGUUCACUAGGUCCUACUGCAUUUAUUGA